ACGAAAAAUAUCCAAUUUUUGUAAAAAAAAAGUAAAGAAAAGUCGAUCGUACCCAAACUACGACGACGUCGUAAAGUUGCCACGUGCUCAAACCCUUCAACUCGUUACACCAUACUAUUACAUCUGUUAUUUGAUUUAUUUAUUUCUAUCCAGCAGCUGCAUUAUCAUCAAUUUCUUUAGGUUCUAACACCACUUCCAACAAAACUUGGUCACACUUACAACAAAGAAAGAAUAAUUGUAUAUAUAUUCACAACUCUUUAUUUUUCCGGGACAAAAAUGGCGGCAUCUCGGUGGUCUGCACUAGAGGUACAGGUACUCGUACUAGUGGUGGCGGCGGUGGUGGCAGUGACGAGGGUGAAUUGUAAUGGUACAAUAGCGAGCGCGGCGGUGCAAGAGAUGAUUGAUGAUCCAGGAUCAGCUUCGAAGAGUUGGGGUCGAGUUGCCAAGGAGGCCACCGAUUGGGGGAAGGAUAUGAUUGUGCAGGGCCUCCGGUUGAAUCGCUCGGGUUGUAGGGUUGGCGGCGAUGCUCCUCAGGCGCCACAAGAUGAUGGAGAGCUAAGGUCCAACAUUCCUAGAGAAGCAACCUUAAGGGCAUAUGAAACUGCCGAAGAAGCCUCCAUUAGAGCAAAGCGCAAUUGCCAACAUUCAAUGAAAUCAUGUGAAAUUGCUAAUGAUGUUCCGGUUGAGAGGGCUCCUCCUGUGACAGAAUUCGCCGCUGUUGAGACAUCUAAACAUGCCAAGCUAUGGGGGGAUAAGAUGGGCGAGACAAUUCGACGUAUAAAGGAUAAAGCUAAAUCUGCAGUUAACAGGGCUUUGUUAAUGAAAAAUUCAGUUUUUGGCAAGUUAGAAGGCCAAGAACAAGAAGUAAAGGGUAAGAUAACCAAAGAGAAUUUUAAGGAAGACUUGGAGGUGGUUAAAGAAAUGGGCAAACAUCAAGAAGAAAUGGCUGCCCAAAAAGCCGAGGAGGAAAAGUGGACGGUGAGCCAAAAUAAUGCUCGAAAUGCUAAGGAAACGACGGGUAACAAUAGGAGGAAGAAGGUGAUCAAUGAACGGAAGGUGAUCGAAGAUUCGAAUGAGCUUUAAUUUAUAUGAUCUUGGAUGGAAUUUGUGAAGGAAAAGGCUAAGGAAGGGCAUGAUGUUACUAUAAAGGAGGGACUGUGGUAAGAGUUAAAUUUGCAUUGUGUUAAGGAGGGUCUUGGGGAUGUCUACGAUGAGAACGAAUUGUAGUUUUUAUCUUAUUAUUGUUUAUCGAUCGUUAGAAUAUGUUUUUGGGACGUAGUUAAGUGGUUAGAUGAUAUAGAAUAUGUUUUUGGGACAUAGUUAAGUGCUUAGAUGAUAUAGAUGUAAUAAGUAAUUAGAAAUUUUGUGAUGGCAUGAGAGCAAGAAACUACAAAUUAGUUGUUUAUG